CUCGCCGGGUUUUACGCGCAGCCUUUGUCUCGUCCCACUCUCACUAGCUGUCAGGACUCGGCGUUGACAAGUCUCUGGUCACUGAGCAGCCCACUUUGUCGGGGUACGAGUGCGUGCAAGUCUGCAGAAGAAGAAGGAGGAGAAGAAGAAGCUCUGCUCUCAGACGCCAGUCAGCACCGAGAAGUCCGCAUCAAUCCACAGCCAACAUGUCUGGAGAAGACGCACCUGCCCAGCAACAGAACGCCGUUGACCAGAAACAGGAGACUAAACCCGCCGAGGAGCCCAAAACGGAGACCGAGUCCGCACCCGCCGCAGCCGCGGAAGCAGCGGCUGCUCCUGCCGCCGCCGCCGCAGACAAAGUCCCGGAGGAAGAGGCGUUCACGUACCGCGCUCUUGUGCUCACCGGCUACGGGGGUUAUGAUAAAGUGAAGCUGCAAGUGAAGAAGGGCAAGCCGGUGCUGAAGGCUGGGGAGGUCCAGGUUCGGGUCAAAGCUUGCGGGCUGAACUUCGCCGACCUGAUGGCCAGACAGGGACUCUACGACCGACUGCCGUCCCCGCCGGUCACCCCCGGGAUGGAGUGCUCCGGGGUGGUGGAAGCUGUCGGGGAAGAGGUGACCGACAGAAAAGUCGGAGACAAAGUGAUGGUGCUGAACCGCUCUGGCCUGUGGCAGGAGGUGGCGGUAGUACCCGCUAGCCACACCUUCCUCAUCCCCGACGGCAUGAGCUUCGAGGAGGCGGCGGCGCUCCCUGUCAACUACAUCACUGCCUACAUGAUGCUCUUUGACUUCGGCAACCUGAGGCCUAACCAGAGCGUGCUCAUCCACAUCGCGGCAGGUGGUGUUGGAACUGCAGCCACCCAGCUCUGCAAGACUGUGAAGGAUGUAACGGUAUAUGGCACGGCGUCAGCCAGCAAGCAUGAAGCCAUCAGCCAGGCUGGCGUUACGCAUCCCAUCGACUAUCGUACCAAGGACUACGUGGAAGAAGUUCGCAAGAUCAGUCCGAAGGGACUGGACAUAAUCCUGGACCCACUUGGCGGCUCGGACACCCACAAGGCCUAUAACCUCCUGAAGCCCAUGGGCAAGCUUAUCACUUAUGGUGCUGCAAACAUGCUAGCGGGCCAGAAGAAGAACCUGAUCGCUGUGGCCAAGAACUGGUACCAUCAGUUCUCCAUCCACACACUGAGCUUGAUCCAGGGAAACAAGUCGGUGUGCGGCUUCCACCUGGGCUACCUGGAUGGAGAGAUGGAGCUGGUCAGCCAGGCCAUGAACACCAUCUUGGACCUCUACAAGCAGGGAAAGAUCAAGCCCCGCAUCGACUCCACCUGGCAUCUGGAGCAGGUGGGCGAUGCCAUGAGGAAGAUGCAAGAGAGGAACAACAUUGGCAAAGUGAUCCUCACCACGGAGCCCAUGCCGGAGGAGGAAAAGAAAGAGGAGACCAAGAAGGAGGACAAGAAAGAGGACAAGAAGAAGGAGGACAAGAAGAAGGAGGAUAAGAAGAAGGACGAUGCCAAGAAGGAGGAGAAGAAGGACGACAAGAAAAAGGAAGAGCCCAAGAAGGAGGAGAAGAAAGAGGAGGAAAAGAAGGAGGAGCCCAAGAAGGAGGAGAAGUGAGAGGGUGGUUUGAAGGGUUGAGGCAGGGGUUUGUGUCCUGGGAGCAGGGGACAGGAAGAGGUAGAGGUCGGGAUGCAGUUGGGUAGAUCACCUUCAAUUUUUCACUUCAUGCACAACCCUUUUCAACCACAAAGGCCUGGCACUGCCCAGCCCCCACCUCCACCCCGUCUUUAAUAGUCUUUGUUCCGCACACUUCAUUAGUGAGAUGAGCAAAUCCAUAUAGGAGCGUGCGGGAUCAGUCCAGGCCUUAGGGCAAAUCACCGUCUCCUUGACAACAUCCUCUCCCCCUGCCGACCCCACCCUUGCCUCCCACUGUGCCCCUCCGCACCUCCACUCCCACUGUGCUAAAUUGUUCUGCUCUGACUUCCACCUGCCGCCUCCUCCCCCACUUCCUGUCCACCCACACCACCAUCACCCCCUCACCCAAUGGCCAAACUCACAGACAGGCACAAAGGCAGGCGGGCAAGCCGACAGCCACUCCCACCAACCUGCCCACACCACACUCCCUCGCAGCUUUGUGAUGAGUCAGAGGGAAAUCCGCAUCACCUCCGACGGCACUGUCAGUGCUUCCAUUUGUAGUGAAACUCUCUUCCCCAUAAGCAAAAAUCAUUCCUCAGCGUUAGAUUUUCCAGCUGACCACCAGUUGGCAAGAAGCUCUUAGUGCCAGUUAAGCAUGAAUGACUUUCCCCACAUUCAAACGUGGUGAAAGCCGCUUUGUCACCGCUCAAAUUGAUGAAUUUCCACUGCUUCAUGCGGUCUUCACCGGCAUCCGUCCACUUGUCAAUCGCGCUGACCUGAGGCAAAAGCAAUUCCAUGCCUCCCGUCACUUUUUCUUGCCUUCUCUCUGCGGUCGGCAUAGCAACAGGCAUUGGGCUAUUUGGAGAUGGCACUGUGGCGUGUUGCUCUGACUCCCUCUGCUUGUGUCGCCCCCCCAUGAGCUCAGUUUUUAGUGGAGUCUACAAGUACGUAACAGGUGCUUCAAAUUCAAAUGGCAGGGUUUUCGUGGCUUUCCCCGAACAAAGAUCAGAGGCUGUAAUAGCUUAGUAUUUCUUGUUGCAGUCUGAGUAAAUACGCUGUGAUCCAAAUAUCGUGCAUAUCUGCGACAAAAAGGAUAAUAAUAUGGUCCAAAAUCAAAAUAUUUGGACCCAUAGAAUUUGCACUCUUUGCAAAUCCCCCAGGCUUCAGCGGCUCCGGCUUUACAUCGGCAACCUUGACGUGACAGGCGGUGAACUUUAUCUCCUUGUCCGCCCACCCGCCUGCCUGUCUGUGCUGUCAGUGUUGAGACUCAGAUGGUGACUAGUGACUUUGUAUAAAAUCCAACAAAAUAAUGUCAUAAAAAAGAGGAAAAAAAAUGUUGUGUUAGCAUGAGUGGCCUCCCUCAUGUGCUGUGUGUGGUGUGCCAUCGUGUGUGAAGACGUGUGUGUCCUCAGGUCUUUUGUCAGGUUUUAAAAGCAACCCCUCGACUCCUCCACCCCGCCGUCCUCUCCUGAACCCGUCACAUCACCACUACUCUGCUACUGCAUUAUGUAGCCCCCUACCUGCCUCCCCCCGCCCUGAUAAGAGGCCUGUGUUAUGAGGACUGUCGGUAUUAGUAUUUUUGCACUCUGCUCGCUGAUUUUAAUGCACUUACAGGCUUGACCGUGGCACUGCAGUCCAGUCCGGCUCCACAUUUUCAGCCCCUGGUCACUAGCUAGCACACACACACAUAUCUCCAAAAAAAAAAGGAACGCUUCCCACUCAUUUUUUUAGCGUGCCAAUCCUGGCCCGACCAACUUCUCCUGGGUGGCAGCUAGAAAUCAUUCACGUAGUGUGGAAGUUAAACUGCGGACUGGAGUGCGACGGUCACGCUGGUGUGGGGAGUGACUGUGUCCUGUCAGCCUCUGGUUAGUGUUCUGUUCUAAUCUGCUGGGCUCCCUUUGUGAACCUGUGGACGGUGCUUCUGCUCUGAGUGCCAUGUGAGAAACAAACGCUUCUUAAAAGAAAAAAAUAUCUAUGUUUUACUUACUAUGUUUUUUUUUUUGUUCAUUUUUUUUAUUCAAUUUUUCCGUUUGUUUGUUCUGUUAUCCAAGGGUUUAAAAGUGCAAAGACCUUCCAACAUCCUUUCAAAUGUGAUAAACCUGCUAGUCCAAACCGUGUGUGCCAAAUGCUGUUUGUAACUCCUCUGUCGAAGCUUUGAACCUAAACUUCGGAUGCUCGUGUCGUCCGUUCUCGAAGAAAGCUCGUACUAUUCUAAAACCUGUAACGUUAAAUACGUUUUCUGCCUUUUCUUGCACAACAGCUGCGGGUUUGAUUCCCUGCGCACGUUUACAAGCCUGACCACGAAAUCACACGAUCCAAAUAAGACGACGUUAACAAUAGCUUGUCAUUUUUGCAACAACACGGUAACAUUUCCACUUCACAUCUGAUCCCCAGUUUUCCUGCGGGUUCAUGAAGUGAGCUGCCAUAGCCGCAGUUGAAACACUUCCAAGACAUCUGGAGUCGAAACUGCUUAGCUGAGCGCUUUCAUUUAGCGCCUCAGUCGGCGAUGGGCGUGUUCAGUUUGAUACCACGUGUUUCGCUUUGAGCCAACCCACCCCCAACAUUUGUAAUCCUCAAAUGGUUAUGCAAGAGCACUUAUCGACUCACAGUUGCACAGGAAUACAAGUGUUGAAAGAAUUCAGGAUUAGUUUCUGCUGGAGCACUGAUAGUUCAAAGCCCUGCGUUCAUCCACAUGAGGGCGAGACAACUGGAUUUGAUUUAAGUGCCCUGUCCUUUCACUCAAAUCCGAUCAGCCUAUUGAACAUUUCCAACUCUGCUAGUGUCCUCCGUCCGCCAUGUUUUCUCAGGUCAUUCCGAGAGGUCUUUGUGUAGCUGAAUUCAGAGGGGAAAUACAGAACAUCUCCGAGACGAGAGGGCUGAUUCCUGGCGUUUGAAAACACUGUCGCCACUUCACCACAGUAUUGCAGUGAUGCUAAGAACCUGCUUGUCGAGUACCAGGAUGCAUGUUAAGUCCACCACAGCGAAGCUUUCGUCACCAGCUAUGUCCGACAACCGUCCUGGUUCUCCUUCAGAAUUGACAGAAGUGACUUCCAUCAUUAUCUCUGGGAAUGCCAAGUUACCCUGCCACUCACUUCUUGUUACAAGUUCAGUCGCAGCUGGCCGUUUUUUCUACAACUAGCUUGUCCACGGCACAUCUCGCUCAGUCCUCUUCCGGUUGUGCCAGCGUCCAUCACGACUUUGUUUUUUAAACCCUUUGAAUUGAUGCUGCUUCUGUGCUUGACUCUGGGUUUACUGCGUGGUGCCAUGUUGUCCACAUGGCCUCAAGAGCUUGUAACGCUUCAGUGUGUAAUGUUACCAUAUGCCUUACAUGUUUUCCAGGACUAAUAAAAAACGCAUAACAAAAAAAAA